CGCAACAAGUGCCCUCCUUAAUGCCCAUCACCCCUCUAGCCCAUGUCCCGCCCACCUCCCUCCGCCAACCCUCUGUUUGUUCUUUAUCAUUUGGAGUCUCUUGUGGUUUGCUUCUUUCUUUUCUUCCCCCCACCACGUUUCCCCUCUUGCCAUCUGUUUUGUUUCUUAAAUUCCAUAUAUGAGUAAAAUCAUAUGGUAUUUGUCUUUCUAUGAUUGACUUAUUUUAUUUAUCAUAAUACAUUCUGGCUCCACCCAUGUCAUCGCAAAUGGCAAGAUUUUGUUCUUUUUGACGAAUGAGUAAUAUUCAUAUAUACACACACACACACACACAGGCAAUAUCUUCUUUACCCAUCUAUCAGUUGAUGGACAUUUGGGCUAUCUCCAUAGUUGGGCUAUUGUUGAUAAUGCUGCUGUAAACGUUGAGGUGCAUGUGCCCUUUCGAAUAAGCAUUUUUGUAUCCUUUGGGUGAAUACCUAAUAGUGAUAUUGAUAGAUUGUAGGGUCUAUUUUUAGUUUUUUUGAGGAACCUCCAUACUGUUCUCCAGAAUGGCUGCACCCAUUGGCAUCCCCACCAGCAGUGCAAGAGGGUUCCCCUUCCUCCAUGUCCUCGCCAACACCUGUUGUUACUUGUGUGGUUAAUUUUAGACAUUCUGACAGGUGUGAAGCGGUAUCUCAUUAUGGUUUUGAUUUGUGUUUCCCUGAUGAUGACUGAUGUUGAGCAAUUUUUCAUGUGUGUUGGCCAUCUGGAUGUCUUCUUUGGCAAAGUGCCUAUUCAUGUCUUCUGCUCAUUUCUUAACCGGGUUGUUUUCUGGGUGUUGAAUUUGAUAAGUCCUUUACAGAUUUUGGAUACUAACCUUUUAUCAGAUAUGCCAUUUGCAAACAUCUUCUCCCAUUCUGUAGGCUGCCUUUUAGUUUUGUUCAGUGUUUCCUUCACUGUGCAGAAGCUUUUUAUCUUGAUGAAGUCCCAAUAAUUUGUGUUUGCUUUUGUUUCCCUUGCCUUUGGCGACGUGUCUAGUAAGAAGUUGCUGCAGCCGAGGUCAAAGAGGUUGCUGCGUGUGUUCUCCUGUAGGAUUUUGGUGGUUUCCGAUCUCACAUUUAGGUCAUUCAUCCAUUUUGAAUUUAUAUUUGUGUAUGGCGUAAGAAAGUGGUCCAAUUUCAUUCUUCUGCUGGUUCCCAUCCAGUUUUCCCAACACCAUUUGUUGAAGAGACUGUCUUUUUCCCAUGGGAUAUUCUUUCCUGCUUUGUCAAAGAUGAGUUGCCCAUAUAGUUGUGGGUUCGUUUCUGGGUUUUCUAUUCUGUUUGAUUGAUCUGUAUGUUUUUGUGCCAAUUUCAUGCGGUCUUAAUGGCUAUACCUCUGUAAUAUAGCUUGAAAUCCGGAUUCAUGAUGCCUCCAGUUUUGUUUUUCUUUUUCAGGAUUGCUUUGGCUAUUCAGGGUCUUUUGUGGUUCCAUACACAUUUUAGGAUUUGUUUGUUCUAGUUCUGUGAACAAUUCUGGUGGUAUGUUGAUGAGGAUUGCAUUAAAUGUGCAGAUUGCAUUGGGUGAUAUAGACACUUUAACAGUGUUUGUUUUUCCAAUCCAUGAGCAAGCGUUUUAAAUUUAGUUUUUCAUUAACUUUAUCUUGGUUCUUAUUUGCUUGUGUAUUAUGUUUCUUUUCCCCUCAUUUUGACCUGUCUUUUUUCUCUUGCUUCAUUUUGCUUCCUAGAUGCUAAUUCCCAUUCCGAAUUAUAACAUUAUUUGCAUCAAGGCAUUCACUGGUCUUGGAGUGAAAAAUAAAAAUGGCAAAAUGUCUUUGAAUAUAUAUUACAACAAUAAUUACAACAACAAUGACAACAAUAAUAUAUAUUGUUUUGAAUAUAUAUGGCCAGGUGUAAUAUAACUCAGCUUCUGAAGAAAGAGCCUAAGAUUGUAUCAGAAUCAGGCAGCUCACCCUAAAUCCGUGUGACAUCUAAUUUGUGACAUAAUAAUAUAUAACUUACCAUUCUUAGAGAGAAGCGAAGGGACGCACAAAAUGCGAUUGUGAACCACAGAAUUAUAGUCAAAUAUUUUCUGAGCUCAAAGAUGCAAUUCAUCUAACCUAUACAUUCAAGUCCUACAGAUGGGUUUUUCUUCAGGAAAAGGAAAGAUGCUCAAAGUGAUCAAAUAUCAGAGAGAGACAUACAUGUGAUCUCUUGGCUAUUAAUUAGUCUUUUUUGUGUGACUCAGAUAAUAUUCUAUGCAUGUAUUCUUUGACUUUGCUUAAAGAUGUGAUACUUCACCUAACGUACACCUAACCAAGUUAAUACCACUUUGUAUCGGUUUGGGGUUUUCCUUUUGUAAAACAUAAAAACACAGAAUUUGCCUCACUUAUGCAUUUCCAAGAAUGUUACACUUUUGUAGCAUUUGGUAUUUGUUGAAGCAUCAAUACAAAUACCAACACAAAUAGUUGAUAAUGUACAGAUGGUAUCGCGUAUUUAAAUAAGGUUAGCUAUUUUUUUUUUUGAGCCAAAGAAUGACAGCAAGAUGAUAGCCUCGAAUAAAGAAAGGAUGACGGAAUGAAAUAAUUGUAAUGCAGCAACUCUGCUUUGUAACAUGGUUGUGUGGUGAGUAAGUGUGCCUGUGUGCGUGUGUGUAUGCAUGUGUUAUUUUAAAUUCUGUCCCGAAAGGCAAGAUAUACUAGUUAGACUGGUUCCUAAGUACUAUCAUGUCAUGGAUUUGCUGUUUAUGCAACAUAUAACUUUACCAAAAUUGUCUUUAGUACUCACUACACUACUAAGGUCAUUAGCUGGGGGUUGAAUUUUAUCUUCCGUCGCAGGUUCUGCUAGGUAGAUAAAACUUUGUGUUUUCCUACGAUGUGUUUCUUCCCCCCUAUUUUAUUCAUCUAUAAUUGAAGUCCCAUAAACUACACCUAAUUGAAGUUUUCAGUAUCAGCACUUUUGACACAGGCACACACCCUUGAAGUCAUCGUCACGAUUAGGGUAGCACAAGUUUCCUCUCCAUUUUGCUGUUCCCACCAACCUCAGGAAACGCUGACUCGCUUCCCAGCACUACAGAGUAGUCUGCGUGUUCUAGCAUUUCAAACGAAUGGAAUCAUACAGCACGUAAUCUUUCUUGACUGUCCCUUUUCACUUAAUGUAAUGAUUUUGAGAUGUAUCCAUAGUAUUGAGUAUAUUGACAGUUUCCUCCUUUUUGUCGCUGGGCGUUACCCUCUAUGGAGAGGUCGUGAUUUGGGGCUGUUUCCAGUUUCUGGUGUUUGGAAAUAAAGCUGCUAUACCCAGAAACGUAAAAGUCUUUGGACACGAAGACUUUUUGUUUGUUUGUCUGCUUGUUGUUUGUUUCUUAUGGGCCGGUGGCUAGGAUUGGAAUGGCUCUGUCACAUGGUAGACUUGCCCAAGCUUGACAUUUUAGGAAACGACCACGUUGUUUUCCAAAGUGUUUGUCCCAUUCUCCUAUUAGCACUAUCUGAGAGUUGCAGUUCCUCUACAUCCUUGCCAACACUUUGGAUGGUCAAUUUUCAAAAUUUCAGGCAAUCUAACGCAUGUGUAGUGCUAUUUCCUGGUGACCGUAGCACCACAUCUCAUAUGUUUUUCCACAUUCUACCUACAAAUAUUUGAGGGACAAAGGUUUCCCUUAAUAUUCAACAUCUUUCAAGUGUGUCACUGCUCCCAGCAUGCUUUUGUGUCAUCAGGACAUGCUCUGUGGCGAAUGACUUAUCGGUGGUGGAACUCAAAGGGCAGGACGCCACGAUCAGCUACAUGAGAGACGUUAUUGGUAAUAUUUAUUGAGGCAAUUCUUUCACACUCAGUGGGAGAACAAUCUGCUCUUGAGUUUCUUCUAUGACGGAAGGAAGUUUGGAACAUUUCUCAGCACACUGAGUAAUUAAGAAAAAAUAGAACUUGGAGGCACAGAAAAAAAAAGCCUACUUCCUUUAAGUCUGUGGUUCUCAGUGGGGAGAAAGGCUGAUUUAGACGCCCAGGGAGGCAGUGCAGGGGACAUAAUCGGUCAUCACCAAUGGCAUCUAGUGGGUAUAGGCCAGGAUGCUGCAAUAUAUCCGAGCAUGUGAGAGUUCCCCUCCUUCCCUCCCCCACAUCAAGGAGCUAUCUUAGCUCAAAUUUUAACAGUGCUGCUGUUGAGAAACCCUACUCUAAGCAUCCGAUACUUAGAUCCAAAUCUGGCCCAGAAAGUAUUCCUAUCCCUCCACUGCCUCUAACACUUAAGUGACUAGACAUGAGAUGGCCUUAUGAUUUCUUUUGAACGAGAUGGCAUUUGUUCCUGAGAAAAUCUUUGUCACUAUUUUCAUCUAUGACCCCCUGGGGAUCCUACGUUUAAUUGGUCAGCUAUGCAGUGUGUAUAGAGGACUAGAUCUGGGUUAAGGGACGGGCUCCAUUUAUCCCUCCAUCACUUCCAAGAUACAUUUGAUGUAAAAUGACCAGAUGGUUUGCAUCCAGGCUGCCUCUGUCACAUACUGGCCUCAUGUUGUUGGGAAAGCCUCUCAAAUUUGCUGAGUUUCAAAGAGGAAUUUAAAAUAAAAAAAGAGGGGCGCCUGGGUGGCUCAGUCGGUUAAGCGUCCGACUUCAGCUCAGGUCAUGAUCUUGCGGUCCGUGAGUUCGAGCCCCACGUCGGGCUCUGUGCUGACCGCUCAGAGCCUGGAGCCUGUUUCGGAUUCUGUGUCUCCCUCUCUCUCUGACCCUCCCCCAUUCAUGCUCUGCCUCUCUCUGUCUCAAAAAUAAAAAUAAACGUUAAAAAAAUAAAAUAAAGAAUAUUUAAAUAAUUUAAAUGUUGACAAAUAAGUUAAAACUGAGCUUUAAAGUGGGAAUAACCUCAUGCGCUGUCGUGAGGACCAACUGAGAUAAAUCCCUCGUCAUAGUGCUUUUAUGAUGUGAUAUUUGUGAUUAGUACUCAACCAUGUUCAUGUGCAAACCCUGGGUGCCACUGGGCGUGAAUCUUGCAAACUUUUCGGUUCUUCCCGUGGUUCUGAAGGAUCACAGUUUGAUUUAAUAAACGCCACUGGUGAGGGGCUUCUGAUGUCGAAAAUAAAGAAGGGUGGCAUUCAUUUGCUACAUGUUAGAAUAAAAACUUAGGGCUUUCAUAACUUGGGAUUGUUUUAUUUAUGUAUUUCCAAGCUCAUUAACGCAAGUCUGUGAUGAAGUAACCCUUAGAAAAAAAAGCAAACAAACCUACAAACAAUUGUAACGCUUGCUCGCUCUGUGGACACUUCUAAUUAAUUUAUUUUGUUGUGGAAAAUGUUACUGCACUUGGGAGAAGUCAGUGCACCCCUGGGGAACCUCGUAAACGUUCUGGUUCCGGACUUGGCAGCUGGCGACGUUUCUUUUGUUGCCCUUUUUCUCCUAACCGGUCAUUACCUGUCCUCGCCCUCCAGUCAGCUAGUUCGAGGACUGGGAUACCUCAAAGUAGUUGAUUUAACUGGCAACUCAAAAAUAAUAUUUGUGAAAAUACUCAUCACCCAGGGUCAAAAGAGCUAGAGAAAUUCAGGGAGAAAACCAGCAGGAUUUGGUACCGUGAGUGCAUUUUGAGCGUUUUGAUGUCGACAUGCUAUGCGUCACCAACAAACAUUUAAAUGUUAAUUUUUUAAGGUGCUAUUGUCUGGGGACAGGGAAAAAAAAUUCCCUGCUACCUCCUAGGGUAGUGUAGUGGGGAGUGACACCCCCCAUGGCGGUGGAAUAUUCCCUGAUGCAGGGGUGUGGUAUGGACUCAGAGAUUGGAGAUUUGAGAGGUUGGAAAGAUCAUUCUAAUGCCAUUAGGUCCCCACUGCCUCCUCAACUUAUCUGAGCCUUUUCAGAGUAAGGUCACCCCCCUUAGUGGUCCCCAACUGUUUAGACUGCAGCUGUGAAGACUUGGCAUAGAAGGAAGUGAAAAUUCUCCCAAAUAAGCACAGAGGGCAGUGCGCUGAACAUUCCCAAAGGUUUCUUUCUUCUGUCUUAUACCCUCCUUUCUGGUUGCCUCUGAUUAUUUUGUUGUUCGUUUCUUCAUCAGGACACCGCGGAGCUUUAAGAAGGGAGAGACUUUCCUUUAGUAUAGUUUGCCGAAAUUACUGCACUGGAUAAGAAACAUGCGGCAUGUUUAUUGUCGUUGAAUUGGUAUUUCUUUUAUUUCAAUUCAGUAAACAAUUCACUUGUGAGCCUCACUGUGGGAAGGCGAGGAACUGGUUCUCAUUAGUCUUUCACACGUAGCUCGGUUUCAGUGUUGUAGGUAAGAGGUCUCAAUCCCAUAGGUAAACUCCGUGUGUGUGUGCGCAAUGUGCUUGUGUGUGUGAGUGUGUAAAAAUGAGGCGGGCACUCAGAGGCGGCCCUGCGAAUGGAAAGAAUUCUGGAUUUGGAGCCAGAAAAUCUAGGUAUAUGCCAGGACUUGGUCUUACGGUUGAACUGUGCAGCCUUGAAAGUAUCCGUGGACUUUCAUUUCUUUGUCCAAGAAGUGGAAAUACAUUGAACUCGCAUUUACUGAUUGUUUUCUGUGUAUCGAGCGUGCAAUGAGGUAACAGCAACGAUGUUUUGCCACUGGCAUCACUGAAUGGUUAAAAUGAUAAAGAGGACGUGGUAUGUUCGUGAGACUUGCAAUCUCUAGGAAGUUCUCUAACGGACUUAAUUAUAUGACAAGUUUGACUAGCGAGGCAAUUAUGUGCCACCUAAUUGAAAGGCGCAACCGCAAACAAAGAUACACUCGAGGUACGGUGGGAAUGUGAAAGAACUAACGAGGUAAGAUUUUUCUGGAUGAGUAGAAGCUGAUCUAGAUGUUGACGGAUGGCUAGACCACACAUAAGCAGGAAGCUGGGUAGAGAGAAGAACACGUGUCCCUCUGAUUCUGUUUGGCAAGUCGGAGUCAUAUUCUCUGAAAAUCAAAUCGUUUAUUGAUUCACCAGGGACUGCUUUGUGCUGCAACGCGAGUGCUGAUUGCAUUAUGGUUGAAGUUUUCAUUUUAUUUCGUAGGUUGGCUGCUCGUGUUUUCUUCAGUGAUAUCCUGGUCUGUGGGGUCAACGCUUCACUUGGUCAUAAAGGGGAGGCUUGUGUCCCCUGGACACUUUCUGCCUUCGCUGUCAGCCCUUGACUGUUUCUGAGCCCCUUCUCUAGGCCCGUAUUCAUCCGAGCCACUUGUCUCCAGCAAGUUUGAAGGUUGUGAGGUGGAUCUCCACAUUCUUGUGAAUAACUGAGCAGGGGACUUGAUUUAAAUCUGUGCAUCGCCAAGGGCAAGGGGCCGAGAACAUGGAUAGAGAGAAGUUUCGGCAGAAGGCUCUGAAGCAAACUAAGCAGAAGAAAUCCAAGUCGGCUGAAUUUCUGAUGGUUAAAGAAGAUAGAGAGGCUACGGAAGGCAUUGGGAACCCAGCUUUUAACGUGAGCAGCCCGGAUCUCUUAGCACAUCAGACUUCAGACAGGAAAGUUAUUAGACGUGACACGCUGGAUCCUACCCUUGCAGCUCACCAACAAAAAUUCAGGCUGCUGGCCUCUGCUGAACCAAAAGGAAAUGAAUACAGCAGAAAUUACUUUGACCCACUGAUGGAUGAGGAAAUAAACCCAAGGCAGUGUGGGAUGGAGGUCAGCAGAGAGGUUUCUUUAAUGGCUGGAGCAGAGACAGCAGAAUCAGGCGUGGAGAAUACGGCUGGCCUUUCAGAGAAACAAACAGAAGAAAACAUUUGUUCAUCCCUGGAUGAGGGAGACACAGAAUCUGAAGCAGGGUCCAGCCAGGGAAGCAUUUCUAAUAAAUUUGGUCCCUGCCCUAUGGACUGUGAUCUCAAUCUCUUAAAAGAAGACCGUGAAUUACACAAGAAGAGAGAAAGCCUGAUAAAUCACUCAGUGAAGGAAAAAUCAGCUGCUUGGAGAACUGGAGAACUUGAGGAUUAUUCAGAGGAUGUAUCUUACUUGGAGGAACUGGAGAAACACAGAUUUUCAGUUUGGUGUUCCUCGGUUGCUGAUGGUACUGGAUCUAGAGAAUUCUUCAAGCACCUUCAUUUCGGGAUGGUGUCGGCGUUCUCGGAACUUCAAUUCGCUGAGUGGCGAAGCCAGGGCUUCUGGUACAUCAUCCUACUGAUGGCAUCUCUCUGGUUCCUGAGGCUCUACCUCCAUUACCUUAGCCAGUGGCUUUUCCUCCAGGCCAUUUCAAUUCCUGUUACAAAAUUCCAUUUUUCCCCUUUCACGGUUGAGCUUUGCUACCCAUCUUCCUCACUUGCCAUCAAAGAAGAGUUGCUCGUAGUUGUGGUGGGUCCUUUAAUGCUGAAUGCAGUGAUACUUCCUUUGGUUCUGAUCAGAUGGGGCUGUCAGCUACUGUUUGCCUCCUGCCCUGAUGUCUUGUCAAAAUUAAUCAUUACCAUGGGACUAUGGACAGUUCUAGACCCAUUGGCCGUGUUUAUAGUGGAUACUGUCCUCGGGCGGCUUACACAGAAUGGGGAGACUCCCGUAGCUGACGCAGCAAAGCUGUACUGGGUGUUUGUAAGAACCAUGCAGUCGGGAAUUCUCGGUGUCAUGCUCACAGUGCUAAUUUACAUCCUCCUGUUCAUCAUUUCUUCUUUGAUUUUAUAUUUGUACUGUCUCAGAUUGCACAAUGAUUCUUGGAUAUUGGAUGUAUUUCAACGCAUCCAUAGUGAAGAAACCAAGUUUUUCAUACCGUAUGAUUUGGAGAUUUCCAAUCAGGAGCUCAGUUACAUAGUGAAAAGGUCUGAGCAGUGGAGAGGAAUCAACGGUGACAGAAGGAAGAGGGAAGCACAUGAAUGGAAAAUACUGCUGGCCACGUCAUUAUGAGUGCUUUCCUCUUCAACAAAUGCAUUUGCCACCUGUAGGAUUUAUCUCCAAAAGCAGCUGGCGGCUGGAGCAAAGUUUAGUUUUUUUCCCUUCCCUUUCUCCUUUCUGUCAUCUUUUGAAUCUCAUCUCCGCUCCUGAUGUCAGAUUUGUAGUGAAACGUUUUCACCUCAUAGUCCUCUCUUCCUAUGCCAG